AUGCCCGAUAAAAGCCAGGAUCAUGAUGUCGCUGAAACCAGCGAAGAAGAGACCGAGACUCGGCAACAGUGUGUAUCUUGUACGGAAGAGUACUCACCGUCGGAUAUAGUUCAAACACAAUGCGCUCACAACUAUUGUUGCGAUUGCAUUGUUCGGCUCUUUGAAAACUCCCUUGCGAACGAAGCCUUGUUUCCUCCUCGAUGUUGCCGCUUGCCGAUUCAUGCCUCUACCACCGUCGAGGAUAUGAUAGGCAUUGAGAUGAUGAAGAGAUACAAUGAACGGAAGACCGAAAUGAGCGACUUUGAGAGGACUUACUGCUCAAUUCCAACUUGCUCUCACUAUAUCCCGCCACAGAAUGUCCGUCGUGGAGUGGGAAUCUGCGAGUUCUGUGCGGCUCGAACAUGCACUGAUUGCAAAACACAGGGGCACAGAGGUGAUUGCAACUACAAGAAUACCAUUGAUCACAGCAGCGCUUCUGACAACAAGAAAGCCACGGCUACGAACAAGGCCACGGCUACGAACAAGGCCACGGCUAAGAACAAGGCCACGGCGAUAAACAAGGCCACGGCUAAGAACAAGGCCACGGCUAAGAACAAGGCCACGGCUAAAAACAAGGCCACGGCUAAGAACAAGGCCAGGGAUGAGAACUAUGAUUUGCUUGUAAAGCUAGCGAGGAAGAAGAAGUGGCAACGAUGUUUUAAGUGCUCUAGAAUCAUAGAGCGUGUAGAUGGUUGCUGGCAUAUACGGUGGGCCGAAUGUUGUCCCCCAAUUUCAGAAUUUUGA